GAAACAGUCUUUUGUCCGCGAUGGUAAUGGAUGUAUGGCGCCAUUUUGUCACUCGCUGGCUCAUCGCGCGUUUGCUUUGUCCUCCAUUCAUGGAAUACGAGAACAUGUUACCACAGAACGGCCAUAAACACUGUCCUUAAAUCUUAGUGUCACAGAACUACCCUUGGUUAUAAAUCAAUAUCCCGUAUUACCUCCAUGGCAAGAUGCGACGCACGUCUGCUGUGGUCGUGAUGGGCUUGGUCUUUCUUGUUGGAAUCAUUAUAUUUCAUGCAGGAAUUGGGAACUAUUUUCAGUGGAAUCAGCUUGUACCAAUCGUCUAUGAAGAAGACUGCCCAGGUUAUAGCUUCGUAAAGAACAAUUAUACAGACAAACCCAUCAUCCCUGAGGCUGAGUGUCUCCGAGGUCAUGUGCCACCGACACGUUCCCAGAUAGGCAACCUUGACCCAGCUCAAAUGACUGAAGUAUACCACAGUUACGUGGAAAACAUCCAGGUGGCGUGUGGGGACAUGAAGAGGAUGGGACUUCAGCAAGAUGGCGGCUGGGAGGUUUGUAACGACCCCCUCGUCAGACCUAAGAAACCGUGCCUAGUUUAUUCCUUUGGUAUCAACAAUGACUUCAGUUUCGACGACGCAAUCGAGCAAGAAUACGGAUGUGAGAUCCAUGCUUUUGACCCCAGUAUGGGCAAACCAGACCAUCGGCGCAGCGACUACGUGAUGUUUCAUUCUCUGGGACUUUCUGAUUACAAUGGAAGGUCAGAAAGAAAAUGGCCAAUGAAAACUCUCAACUGUAUACGCGAGUCUCUUCAACACACUCAGACAACGAUCGAUGUUUUAAAAAUUGAUAUUGAAGACAUGGAGUGGAAGGUGGUUCCGGAAGUCAUUAACAACAAUGCCUUGCACAACGUGUCUCAGUUUGUGUUUGAGGUUCACAUUUCGCUGCAGCAUAAGGAUGCUCCUUCAGAAAAAUAUAUAACAGCUCUGGGAAUAUUCCGGGAUUUGUAUGAUCUCGGUUAUCGGAUUUUCCUCACACACAGAAACCAGUUUUGUCAUUACAAGUCCUCGACAGGAAAACAGAGGACUUCGUGUCAUGAAAUAUAUAUGAUGAAAGUUUGCUGAGUGAGAUUAGCAUCAAUUGAAGUGGUUUUGUUUCCGGUGCCAUCCGACGUGAUGUUGCGGCUCAAAACCGUACUCACUCAUGGGGUAUUGCUUUAAUAACGGCGCAAAUUUCUUGAAGGCCUAGAUAUGACACCAACGGGUAUAAUGUUGUCAAUCGAGGAUCAUUUGGUUUGAACCUAGGUCUUGGUACGGCUAGGGGACGCUACUCUGUACAUCGAUUUUAUCAUUACCAAAAACAGUUUUAAGGAAAGACUCAGGGAUUUUGCGGUUAUGGUGUUGAUGUGUUGUGUAACUGGUAAACAGCAACCCAUGCUUGUCGUAAGAGGCGACUAACGGGAUCGGGAGGUCAGGCUCACUGACUUGGUUGAUGCAUGUCAACGAUCCCAAUUGCGUGGAUC